ACGGUAUUCAGUUUGUUCAGAAAAGUCAACCGUUAUAGACGCUAACAAAUUUUGAUCCGUGAAAUUAAAUAAGAAAUUUGUUUCAUUGAAGUCAAAAUAUCGCGAUAAGAGAAUUCGUUUCAGAACGCUGGAAAACAUGUUAUUUCAUGGAUAUCGUUUCAACGUUGAUUUAUUGGAAAUAUAGAAACUGAACAUUGUGUUGCAUUUUGUGUGUUACAUUAAAGUGUGUGGAUUGACAUGUGUUUUGAAUAAAGACAAUUCGUUCAGACACUGUGAUUGUUUAAUAUGAGUGGAAUUGAUAUUCAGCCAUUUUGAAUAUUUCUUCAUUUCUUUUUACUUUUUUAUAAAUCUUGACCGUACACAGAUAACUGUUAUUAGUCUGUCCACAAAAAGUGUAGUAUUUUAUCAUUGAAAAUAUAAACAAAGUUUUCGAGUGUUGCAAAAUUAAUAGAAAUUCAAACAACAGGCAACGUUUAACAAUACAAAAAAAAUAUUCCAAAAUGUGGGAUCAAAGAGGAUCAAUAAAUGUUUCAGCUCCCGAAGGAUCCGAACGAAUCAGUGGAUCAAAUCUAUCACCGAUACAGGAUAAGAAAAUAUUUGAAUCGUCCGGCGGCGAUUCAGGUUUCCUAUCCGGUCCGCAGAACUCGUCCGACAGCCUUGAUUCCGAGGUCUAUUCUCACAAGAGCAUUUUACCAGAUUCAAACAAAUUCCAAGAUUCUGGUGCCUUUAUUGGUGACGACGAAGAGGAAGACGACCAGGCAGAUACCAAAGAUCCCAUGAUUUUCCGAAGUGGAAUUGAUGUCGGUUUAUCCGAAUGGAUGUGCGAUUUGAACUUGAAGGAUUCAACGAUAAAUAAUUUGAGCGGUCCCACCCGUAAGACUGCAGAGGAAGCAAAACCAACGAAAUUACCGAAACAGUUGCCCAAUCGACCGCUUUGGGAGAUAUGCUACGUUCAAGACGCUGAUGGUGACACACAAUUACAUCUAGCAAUUCUGGGUAAAUACGUGCAAGCUGUUCGGAAUAUUAUUCGUUUGGCACCGGUACCUGCAUUUCUGGAUAUCCGUAACGACGAUGCUCAUUCACCAUUACAUUUAGCUGUGUUGACUAGACAGCCAGAUAUCGUCAGAUGGUUGAUAAUAGCCGGAGCAAAGGGUACAACUCAGGAUAAAUCAGGAAACACGCCACUACAUUUGGCCUGCAUGAACAGCGAUAAGGCCUGUGUGGAAGCCCUAACACUACUGGUAACGCACGAGGAAUUGCAACGGUUUUACAAUUACGGCGAUCGCAUUCCACAGGUGAUUUAUCCUGAUGUGGAACAGAGAAAUUAUGAUGGUAUAUUCUGCGUACACAUUGCCGCUCAAAGAAACGACAUCGAUAUUUUGAGACAUUUGGUUUGGUGUGGUGCUGACAUUAAUGCGAGGGAAGGAAAGUCUGGUUAUACCGCCCUACAUUUUGCUUGUGAAAACGGUAACAACGAAUUGGCACAAUUCUUGCUCAGCGAAUGCAAUCAAUUGAAUGUGGAGACUUGCACCUACGGCCUGUUGACCGCUUAUCAAUUGGCUGCCGAGCAAAAUAAUAGCUAUUUGAUGGGCAAUUUGGAACGUUACGGAGCCGAAUUGUUGUCACCGCCGGAAAGUGAUGACGAAUAUUUCAAUAGUUCAGACGAGGAGGACUAUGAUCAUUUCGGAUCCGAUGGCUGCGAAAUGGAGAUGAGUUUCGCAACAAAAUAAUUUCUUUGUUUGUUGGUUUGUUUGUAGUCGUUCGACGUGAGAGAAGAUAAGGGGAAAAAAAGUUGGAAAUAAUAGGAAAAGAAAAGUAAUAAAGCGACUAUAAUCAGAGAAGGAAUGGAACUCUUUUCAUUUAGAAGUUAACAAAAAAAGAUUCGUUGCCGAACAUUGGUGUUUAAAAAAAAAAACAAUUUUUUGAAUUGGCGGAAGAAAAUUUGAAAACAAAAACAAAAAAA